GCGGUGGGCUGGGGCUGGGGGGCAAGCAGGGCAGGGUCUCCAUCAAAAGCAAAGGCUGGGGCUGAAAACCAGCAAAAUGCAUCUGGAUUGGAGUCGUUUUCAUGAAAUGUGUCCAGAUAUUUGUACACAGAUUCUGUAUUUCUGCUGCUGCUGUUUCCCAAGGGGUUAAUUAAGCAGCACUUUUUGACUGGUGGGAGGAAGAUGAAGGUAACUGAAUAGAGAGACAUGUGAGCCCUGGAGAGCCCCAGUUCCACCCGGCCUGGGAUGCUGAGCGCCCUGGCAUGCCUCGGUCCUGCCUCAUGUACCAUUUCUUCCUCCAUCCCCCUCCUAUUUUUCCACUUGACACCUCCCUAGGAUCCCCAAAUAGACCUGAAAGUUCAGGAAGUUUGCAUGAAAAAAAAAAAAAAAAGCAGCAAGCUGGCAGUUAUUCCACAUUAGUCUGCAUAAACUGUCCUGACUGUGCUGCUGGAUUUUCCUUAAUGUGUCCUCGUUUUUCCAGUUGUGAGUGAUUGCUCAAGGGAUCUCCUGGCAGAGAGGACUCAGGUUCACCCUUCACAGCCCGCUCAUCUCUAAGGCAUAUGCAUAAAAAUAUGGGUGUGGGUCUGCUCCUCUUCAUAAAGACAAAUUAAAUGUGCUCACACAGUGCCGGGCACAGGCAGCAGAGCCAAAGCGUGUGGCUGUUUAAUAUUCAUUGGGCGUAGAUGUAAAAGUUUUCUUUUCUAAAAUAGCCUUGCACAGCGCCAUGCUGCUCUGUUUUCUCUAAACCUCGGCAGGAGGCUGGAAUUUAACAUUUCCUUUGAUUGUCUCCCCAGCUUACACUGGCUUAGCCGAGAAGCAGAAGGCCCUUGCUAGGUGUAAAACCUGCUUUGAGAGCAGAUCCUGGCGCUUUAUUUGCAGUUUUCAAUUCGGUAGUCUGCUGAGACAGAACAAAGUCUUUGAAGCAUCAACUCGGGAACAAGAAAUUUUGCUUUUGUUUUCAAACAGGAUGUGUUUCUGUGGUAGCUGUGCAUCUAUUUGUGUGUUAAGUUUUAAGAGGAAAAGUAGUUCUCCCUGUAAAGUUUUGGUGGGUAGAUUCACGGAUCUCUUUGGCAACUCUUCCUAUUAAUUGAGUGCAGUUUUCUUCACAAUCUCAAUUAUACCUUAGAAGAAAAAAAAAAGGAGAACGCGGUCCCAGUUGGGUCCACAGCAAUUAAACCACCAUGAAAUAUGUUUCAGUAAGUUAAACUUGAAAGACCCCAGCCUUUCUCCUUGUUGAGCGGGAAGCUGUGGUAGUACUGGGUGGGCUGGCCCACUCCAGCUCGGGGAAGAUACCAGCGGGGAAGAGCUCUCCCAGGAGCACGGGGAGGUGGUGGGAGCAUCCCCGAGGCAUGGGGGAAAUGGGGGGCUCGGGUGCCAACCCCCCCCGGGCUGUGGCCCAGGGACUCUGCCCAGGGACCCGGGAGCUGGCGCGGGCACCGCCGCGGCAGGGGCUCUGGGCUGUGGCGUCGGUGCGGGCGUAGGGAGAUCCGUUAUCUACACCAGGUGUCAAUAAUGCAUGGGAGGGCAAUGUUUCCGUCCCGCUGUGGAGGGAUUUGGGUGUCAAAGGCGCGGAGGGGCGGUGGUACAGCAGCCCACGCCCGCCGGCGCCCCGGCACGGAGGGGCAAGGGGAGCGGCUGGGCCGUGGCCGCUGAGCAGCCCUCGGGCAAGCGAAAAUUCUGCGGGGCGGCAGCACCGGCACAGCUGUACCCGUGCCAGGGUGAACUCCCGGCGGGCAUCUGCAGACAGUUCGAUGCCGAGCAGCCGAAGCCAGUUAGUGGGAAGGCUGGUUAAUUCCAGCAGAGAAUAUCCCACCUUGUUUGUGUAUUCGUCUCUUUGUCGGGUGCAGCUUUCACGUUGCAAUUGGGAUUCAGCUGAGUCCAUCUUGUGGAUUACCUGCCAUCACAGUAUUUUCCUUUACAUGGUUGCAUUUACUUGACGACCGCAGGGGUAUUUCCCUCUUCCCUGUAGAGGUUCUUACUGAUUUACCUGUGCCCAUACCUAAACUAACUGGAUAUUAUUAGGGAGCUCUGCACUCAUUCAGCACCCCCCCAGCAUGGCAUGGCCUCUUUUAUCAGCUCCAAAACUCUAUUGCCUAAAUUAUUCAGAAUUCCUGCUUUUGCUUCAUUUCUUCUCCAAAGCUGAGCACACAUUGGAGGGCACUAAAAACAAAUGGUUUUGCUGAAAACUGAAUGUAAUUUUUAAAGGAGGUGGCUCCCAUCCCUUUUGCCUGUGCAAAGGAACACUGAGCCCUGUCCUUGCACACCCUGUUACCUGCGUCACUCAGCCGGAGUAAGGGGCUCAGUGGCACUGCAGGGGCUUGGCUUCAAGGAAGAAAUGAGUGGCAAAAGUAGCAAAACUCUGAAAAAAUCCCAGUUGCCCACCUGCAGCUUCUAUCUUCACAUGUUUUUUUUUAUUUAAAAAGAAUUGCAGAAAUCACCCACGGCCCUGAGCAGAGGGUCCCAAGGAUGCCCUGUUAGCGCUGGCCAGAUCCUCCUGGGCCUCCUGCUUGAGAUGCAGCAAUCUUUCCAGUACAACUUUAAUUUUUAUUUGCUGGAUAAAAUGUCCUGACUAGAAUUUACAUGGUAUCAAGCUGCCUUCUUGCUGGGUCUGCUCAAACCAGCACGGGCAUCCCCCAGCCAACAGGGUGGUUUUAGCCUUGGGCAGGACACAUCGUGCUUAUUCUUAGCCUCGUUUCUAAGAAGUGCUUUAUAAGGAGGAGCCCGUAUUGGUUGAUGCCAUGAAAAAUUAAUGACUUAGCAGGUGAGCUGCGGUCCUCCCGCAGAGCUGCUCCCAGCUCCCCAGCAGCCAGCAUGGGGCAGGAUGAGCCCGGUGGUGCUUUGCUUAGCAUUAACGCCAAGCCCAAGUCGUACCUGAAGCCAGCUGAAAAAUAUGACGAAGAGAAAAGAGGUGUCACUGUGCUCGGGACCCCCGUGCCAUGAUCACAACCCGCCGAACCUGGGAUCUGGGAUCCAUGCCCCCCGCCAGAGCCGCCUGGAAGACAAAGGACCUUCCCCCGGACGGCUGCAGGCAGGACUCGCUCGUCACCGGGAGCGGAUCAGACGCCUCUCCCCAGGUUCCUCUGCUGCCUGCGCUGGUUCACCAUAAAAUCCUCAGCGUGAGCUGCCCGAACGCUGCAAACCCCCGUGGGCUCUGCCUGGCUCUCCAGGCUCUGCGGGAGGCAGUGGGCGAGCGGCGGGAGGAGAGGCGGCACCGGGCCCCGGCGCCGGGCGCCGAGGAGCUGCCAGCGUCCCCCCGCGAGCCGGCGGCUGCCGCCGUGCUGGUGCCGGCAGCCUCCACCAUGAACCUGGAGAAAGCAGGAGGGAGGCUCUGCGGUGGGAAACGUGCCGGCCUGCCGGCGGCACGGCCCUUCCCGGUGAUCCAGAAGGUGAUGGCCUCCAUGGCACAUCUGCAGGAGGAGAAGCUGCGGCUGCAGGAGGAGCUGCUGGGGCUGCAGGAGAAGCUCGCUGCCCGGGAGAACGACGAGCUCUCCCGCUCUCUCCAGCUGCAAGGCCAGGUUGAAACUCUGAAGGCGAAGCUCCUGGAGCAGGCGCAGGAGAUCAGCCGGCUGCGCUCGGAGCUGGGGGGCACGGAUGCGGAGAAGCACCGGGACCUGCUGGCAGCGGAGAACGAGCGCUUGCGGCAGGAGAUGAAGGUGUGCGAGGGGGAGCUGCGGGAGCUGCGGGAGCUGCGGCGGCAGCAGCAGCAGCAGCAGCAGCAGCAGCAGCAGCAGCAGCAGCAGGCGCCGUGCCGGGACUGCACCCACCUCCAGGAGAACGCUGGGCUGCAGGAGCAGCUGUCCCAGCUGCAGCAGGAGGCGGAGGAGGCACGGGCCAAGCUGGCAGAGCUGGAGCUGGAGGUGCAGCAGAAAACGAACCGCUUGGCCGAGGUGGAGCUGCGGCUCAAGGACUCCCUGGCCGAGAGAGCCGAGGAGGAGGAGCGGCUCAGCCGGCGGCUGCGGGAUAGCCAGGAGACCAUCGCCAGCCUCAAGUCCCAGCCCCAGCAGAUAAAGUACAUCAUCAAGACGGUGGAGGUAGAGUCAGCCAAGGCAAAGCAAGCCCUGUGUGAGAGCCAGUCCCGGAACCAGUAUCUGCAGGAGCAGGUGGGGAUGCAGAGGCAGGUGCUGAAGGAGAUGGAGCAGCAGCUGCAGAGCUCCCAAAAGACGGCGGCUCAGCUCCGAGCUCAGAUCAUGAUGUACGAGGCCGAGCUGGAGCGAGCUCACGGGCAGAUGCUGGAGGAGAUGCAGGCCAUGGAGGAGGAGAAGAACCGCGCCAUCGAAGAGGCGUUUUCCCGUGCCCAAGUGGAGAUGAAGGCGGUGCAUGAAAACCUGGCGGGUGUCCGGACCAACCUGCUGACGCUGCAGCCGGCGCUGCGCACCCUCACCCACGACUACAAUAACCUGAAGCGUCAGGUCCGCGACUUCCCCUUGCUCCUCCAGGAGACACUGCAGAGCGCCAGGGCUGAGAUCGGCCAGGCCAUUGAGGAGGUGCACAGCACCAACCGGGAGCUGCUGCGCAAGUACCGGCGGGAGCUGCAGCUCCGCAAGAAGUGUCACAACGAGCUGGUGCGGCUGAAAGGAAACAUCCGUGUUUUCGGGCGUGUCCGCCCCAUCACGAAGGAGGAUGGUGAGGGCCCAGAGGUGGCCAACGCGGUGACCUUUGAUGCCGAUGAUGACGCUGUCUUGCACCUCCUGCACAAGGGGAAGCAGGUGUCUUUCGAGCUGGAUAAGGUCUUCCCCCCGCAGGCAUCCCAGGAGGAGGUGUUUCAGGAGGUUCAAGCCCUGGUCACCUCAUGCAUUGAUGGCUACAACGUCUGCAUCUUCGCCUAUGGGCAGACAGGGGCAGGAAAAACCUACACGAUGGAGGGAACAGCAGCAAACCCUGGGAUCAACCAGCGGGCCCUGCAGCUCCUCUUCUCCGAGGUGCGGGGCAAGGCGGCUGACUGGGACUACACCAUCAGCGUCAGUGCUGCCGAGAUUUACAACGAGGCACUCAGGGAUUUGCUGGGGAAGGAGCCGCUGGAAAAGCUGGAGAUCAAGCUGUGCCCCGACGGCAGCGGGCAGCUCUAUGUUCCCGGGCUGACUGAGUUCAGGGUGCAGAGCGUGGAGGACAUCAACAAGGUCUUUGAGUUCGGCCACGUCAACCGGGCGACGGAGUGCACCAAUCUGAACGAGCACAGCUCCCGCUCCCACGCCCUCCUCAUCAUCACCGUCCGCGGCCUUGACCGCAGCACGGGGCUCCGCACCACAGGCAAGCUGAACCUGGUGGACCUGGCGGGAUCGGAGCGGGUAGGGCGGUCGGGCGCGGAGGGCAGCCGGCUCCGCGAGGCGCAGCACAUCAACAAGUCCCUCUCGGCGCUGGGCGACGUCAUUUACGCCCUGCGCUCCCGGCAGGGCCACGUGCCCUUCCGCAACUCCAAGCUGACCUACCUGCUGCAGGACUCGCUCAGCGGCGACAGCAAGACCCUCAUGAUGGUGCAGGUCUCGCCCGCCGAGAGAAACACCAGCGAGACGCUGUGCUCCCUGAAGUUUGCUGAGAGGGUUCGCUCCGUGGAGCUGGGUCCUGUCUCCCGCAAGGCUGAGCUGGCCUCCUGGCCCAGCCAGGAGCAGCUGGAGGGUGACUCACCGGGGACCGCAGCACCCUCCGGUCGGGGCCACGCAUCCCCCAGCCCGGGGCAGCUCUCCGGCCGCGCCGCCUCCAUCCGCAGGAAGGUCCAUACCUCAGGGAAGCUGAGGCCAGUCCCCAUGUGACAAGUGCCAGCCUCAGCACCAGAGCCACCGCAGGACCCGGCCCCUCGGGGUGCUGCGAGAGCCCACCAGGACCCACAACCAGCGGGGCGAUGGCACCAUUCACCGUGAGCAGCGUGGGACUGGGGUCCCCAGCAGCCAGACCCCGAUCUCAGAGUGGGAGACAACGGUGCUGGGCAGGAAUCUGCCCCCCCCUCAGACGCUCUGUGACUUUUUAUUUUUUGCUAGAUGGAUAUUUUAGCCAGAAGGGGGAAGCUGCUGGGUGCUCCCUCCAUCUCUCCAGCUUUGUUUUUAUAACAAUAGAGGUAUCUGGCUGGAGGGCGUGCUUGGAGCCAGGAGAGCCCCCGAACACGUCUCUGCUCCCCUCCACGUGUCCAGCCUGGCCACAAGCCCCCCCAAGACUGCAUCCAGGUAGCUGCCCGCUGUCUUUCAGAGCAGCACUUCCUCCAUUUGAAGCCAGGAAAAAUCCCAGCAGCUGCUUUCCCUGUAGGUUUCUCAAGCCCUGUUGUUGCAUGAAGGCACCCCAGUGCCCUGCAUGAGCCGAGCUGCCGUUCGUCGUGGUGCCAGUGCUGGCAGGGCCCCACGCCAGCUGCCCCGGCACAGGGGAGAGCAGGCACGGGGCUGCCUGUGUUACACGGCACCAGCGUGGAUUUAGCAGUCUCACAUGAAGCUAUUGUAAAGUUAUUUACCAGUUGUCUUGUCAAGAGAGAUCACAGUGUGGUCGAGAUGAAAGUGUUUGAAAUAUUUAUACCCUGUUUACAUGGUCUUGGAGUGGAAAACAAGUGGAAAACAAACAAGCCAGACCAACCUUCCAGCCCAAAAGCCUGUUGGCUUAUGUGUCAGAACAGCAGCUGGGGGGUGGGGUGGGGGUGGGAGGAGACAGCACUGGCCCCUGCACCUCUGAGCACCCACCUGUGGGUAUGCUUCCUCCUGCUGCAAAUAACCGACUGGAUGCACUGAUGGCUCCUUCCCACUGCGGCCCUCUCCUCUCAUUCUUCCAUGGCACAUUCUAUUAAAAAAAAAAAAAAAGGGAAAAAUAAAUUUAGCCUUUUGUAAGAUUAGAUGUUUCUAUGUAUUUUAAUAAUUAAAAAAAAAAAAUUGAAAUCCUGUUUUGUAACAAAACUUAUUUUAAAUAAACUGUUAAAGCCAG